AUGUUAAGCAACCGGAAUGAGAUUGUGCGACAUCCAGGAUGUAGGAAACAAAUUCAUGAGUAUGCUCCGGAUAUUCAAGACCAAGUGAGGAGGGCAUAUAUAUUGAAGGGUCCAACGCAACCAGAUUUAGCAAGAUUUCCUCGUACUCAAUUUGGGAAGUCUUCAAGAGCAUUUUUUAAAGCAUGGUAUAAGAAUUAUACAUGGAUUGAAUACAGUGAUUCGAAGGACGCAACUUAUUGUUUCUAUUGCUUUCUCUUUAAGCUGCCCGGGGGGGCCGAACACUUUGGUUACGAAGUCUUCAACAAAGACGGGUUAAAAGAUUGGAAGCAUGCAUCUAAAGGCUUUAAAGAUCAUAUUGGUAGUCAUGAUAGUAAGCAUAACUCAUGUAUGAAGCACUAUGACGAUUAUAAUAAUCAAAGACAAAGUGUUAUAAGUAUCUUGGAUAGAGCAACUAGGGAAUCAGAAGAAUUGUAUAAGAUCUGUUUAACUUGUUCUUUAGAUUGUACUAGAUAUCUCAUAGCACAAGGCAUUGCUUUCCGCGGCCAUGAUGAAAUCUGUACUUCUCUAAACAAGGAAAAUUUUAGAGAGAUGGUGGAUUGGGUAAAAUCUAAUGAUGAAAAAGUGAGAGAAGCUUUUGAUCGUGGUCCAAAAAAUUGCACAAUGACUUCCGGUGACAUUCAAAAGGAGCUUGCAAUGUGA